GUUGACGCAGGUCGUCGCCGUCGGCCGGUCGUGUUGGUCGACGCGGGCUGCGCGGGCAGCGGGCAGCAGUGGGUAGCGCGGCAGUUUGACUGUAUUCGUAGUCAUAGCGACCGCGAGGUAUGGCUGAUGGUCGCUCGAUUAAUAAAGUUGGCUGCGAAUGACAGCUACGCAAGAAGUCGAAAUAAUCAAAUACGUGGAAGGUGGUGGAAGGCCAGCUUAGAAGCCAAGUCCAGAAGCCUGUCUUCGUUUUUCUAUUCUCAAAAUGCGAAGCUGCCGAUCCCAGCAGUGCAUAAAUAGCGGUCCUCCUUAUAACGCCCAAAAGUCCGUUAUGUAAGAAGUGACACAAGUACCUAAUACAAAAAUUGUCAAGAAUUUUGAUAGUGAAGAUGAAUCGAUAUAUAACUUUAAACCAGUUGGGUGAUGGAACCUUUGGUUCUGUCGUGCUCGGAGAACGUAUUGAUACAGGUGAAAAGGUGGCUAUAAAGAGAAUGAAGAGAAAAUAUUAUUCUUGGGAAGAAGCUAUGAAUUUGCGAGAAGUAAAGUCAUUGAAAAAACUUAGUCAUGCAAACGUUGUGAAACUUAAGGAAGUUAUACGGGAGAAUGAUGUGCUGUAUUUCGUAUUUGAGUACAUGAAGGAAAAUCUCUAUCAAUUAAUGAAAGACAGGGACAAACUUUUUCCCGAGCCAGUAAUAAGAAAUAUGGUGUAUCAAGUACUGCAAGGUCUUGCUUUUAUGCAUAAACAUGGUUUCUUUCACCGCGACAUGAAGCCAGAAAAUUUGUUAUGUAUGGGUCCCGAAUUAGUAAAGAUUGCUGAUUUCGGGCUAGCGAGAGAGAUUCGAUCGAGACCUCCAUAUACAGAUUACGUAUCAACAAGAUGGUAUCGGGCACCGGAAGUAUUACUACACUCCACGACUUACAACAGUCCAAUUGACAUUUGGGCGGUCGGCUGUAUAAUGGCCGAGUUAUAUACAUUUCGGCCACUGUUCCCUGGCAAAAGUGAGAUUGAUGAAAUAUUUAAAAUAUGUUCUGUAAUCGGAACUCCCGAUAAAGAUGAUUGGCCAGAGGGAUAUCAAUUGGCUACAGCUAUGAAUUUCAAAUUCCCGAAUUUUACGCGUACGUCGUUGACUGUAUUAAUACCCAAUGCCGGUCAAGAGGCAGUCAUACUCAUGGAAGAUAUGUUACAAUGGAAUCCUGUAAAGAGACCAACAGCGCAGCAAUCACUCAGGUAUCCGUAUUUUCAAGUCGGCGAUCCACGUAUUAUUAACAGUAAAAAAAUUGGUGUCGUAUCUCAACGAGAACUUGUUAUGAACAAAAUAAAUCUUCCACCUCCUGCGCCUAAGCAAUACAAUUAUUCUCAAGAAGAUCUCGUCGUUAAUAACAGCUUAAUUCAAUCGAGAGCACCAGAAAAGAUGCUCGUUGAAUCACAACAGCAGCCAGCGGCGUUACCGUUACUAAAUCACAAUAGUCGCAAACGUGACAGCAACGCCUCUAAAUGGGACGAGGACGAUUUUGCCGAUCUUUUAGGAAGCAAAAUUGUCCCAGAGAAUCCAAGCGCGACGCUCAUCCCAGAUCGUGUAUAUAAGGAAAAUCGUGCCAAUUGGAAUGCCAACUAUCAGCAAUCAGACAAUUUACAUGCGAAUUGGUCCUUACCAACAUGGAAGGACUCACCAUCGAGAAUGUGGAAUCAGUCAAACCAGUCCAAUCAGACGAAGAACUUGCGCAAGGUCUCGGCAAAACAACACUAUCUCAGUGUGGCUCGGUACGUCGCAGGCCAGAGCACAAAUUUGCCAUCCAGAAAUGAGGAUUCUGAUAUCAACCGAUCUAAACUGCUAUUGAAUGGAUUCAUCGGUCAGGCAACAUCCAACAAAUACGAGGAUUUUACAGACUCUUUUUGGGGACCUAGAAAUAAUAUUGAGAAUCAAACAAGGCAACACUAUCUCGCGCGAAACCGUUAUAUUACCGAUCAAAACUUGAGACUACCUUAUCCCAGCGUAUACGGUACCCAAAAUAUCAAAAAUACCAAUAAACCUAUGUUUCAACCAAACUUAUUUGGAAAUGUUUUCAACACGAAAGCCAGCAGUGGGUCUCACGGCCGAACAGAUUGGGCAGCGAAAUACCUCAAAUGACCGUUGUAGAAAGGUUCGUUCUUCUUUUCAAAAUCAAUAAUUUGUCAUCGUGGCCUUCUACUCUAGAUGAAUUUCAACUGUGAUAGAACGAUCGCUGUCGUUCCAUUGUGACAGAAAUACAAAUAGGAAGAACGCAUUUUUUUCCAUGAUGAGAUUUUACGAAAGUAAAAUCGCACUUUAAUUGGAUGGAGUAUAACAUAUCGAAUAGUAGAACGAAAUCGUUACGGUGUUAUUAAACUACAGCAUUAUGAUCAAAGUUCUAGGGACGGUUAUAUAGAUGCUACGAAUCAUCCAUGUUAAUUGAUCAUGUAUGAUAAAAGUUUAAUUUUCUGAGAAACAAAUGAUUUCGAACGCGAUGAUGUAUAUAGAUCUAUAGGGAUACAUUAUAUUAUACACACACACACACACACACACAAGAUAUUCCAUUUAUCAUGUGAUCAUCUAUACAUGUAUUGUAUAUAUAUAUAUGUAUGUAUACACAUAUUAUUUGUAUAUAUUAAUUAAUUAUAUGCGGCGUGACAUUUGAUCAUAGUAACACGUUUCUCAAGAAUUAUGUUCUGAAUUAUAAAACAACAUUCGUAAAGUCUCAAUCAAUAUCAUCGGAUUAGAAUCAAUGUAUUGAUUGAUCAAUGUCGAGGUAUCACGCCGUAUCAUAUCUGAUAAAAUGUACGCAAAUAUGGCAUUAUUAAAAUGAAAAAUAUAAUAUAUAACAAAUAAUUUACACAUUCCCUAUUGCACAUAUUGCAUUAUGCAACAUACUUUAUUCUGCUACUUGUUAUAUUAUAGCUUAUUUUUCAAAGAUAUCAAUGAUUUUUAUAUUAAUCAAUUGUAUGUGUUUUUAUAUUUGUAUGUAUUAUCAGUAAUUUUUGUAUUCGACAAAGAAUGAAACGACAUCUUAUCAA